AUGUUGAAUACUAAUGCACCACCGUUUACACCAGUGAGUAUAAGAGUGAAAGAUGCCACGCUGAAUGAGCACGCGCAACCGUUUGAACCGGUAUACCGCGACCAACGUUCACUGUUCCUCACCUUUUCCAACGGAUUCCCCCUGACGGAGAGGCAGAUCUUUGAUUUUUUUAACCGGUCUUACGCACCCGGGAUUGUAGAGCGAGUGAUUGUGCCGAGGCCUAGAGGAGGAAGGGGCCCUUCCUUGCAUGGGAGGGUGGUGUUCAAGAAUACUGUCAUACCGGCCUUGGUGAUGAGAAACUGUGAAAAGGUUUGUUUUUCUGUCGAUGGGCGCCCAUUGUACUGCAGACCCUUUGUUUGUAAGAAGAGCACAACUGCAGUCACAACAAGUACUACCCUCAGUGAUGGUGGAAACCACUCCGGUGGUGAUGAGUGA